CUUCAUGCAGCGCGGUGCUGAAACCUAACCCACUCUGCACGCAGUCAGGCGAGAACCUGCCUUCGCUCUCACCUCCUUGCUUUCUGUUCAACUAAAAUCGUGAAUUAACGCGACGAUCUGCCUUUGGUUUUUCUCCCGUUUCCUAUAUACUAGGAUGUAGGAGUGGAAUGCAGGCAUUCGGAUCCUGGAUUUACUUUGGGGUCUGCCGUCCUGCGGCGUGUGAGACAGCCUGCCCGUCUUUCUCUUCGCGCAGGACUUAAGCCUCCUUCAUCCGCGGCACAGUGAAGAUUGCCACCGGGGAGAAGAUACCGGUUCGUCAGGCAGACCGGAGGGAAGCGGCAGUGAGACAGCGAAAGACGACAGAGCUUGCGGACAAAAUUAAAAAUAAAACGACUUGAUGGAGUUGCAGUUAAAGGCGUGCGAAAGUUAUGAACAAGGUUUUGGAGAAGGCGGACGUUUGCUGUGAGGUUCGGAUCUGCGACGCACAUUUUUAUUUUCUUCUAAAAUUGUUGGACUAUCAGACGCUCUGUUGAUAUUUUUCUGCACACGGCGAGCAUUUACCUACAUCCAAGCAAAGCUCUUCGCAGGCUCGUUUCUCAGAUCUAAGUUCUUAAAAAAAAUCGCAUCCGGAUGAUAACAUUUCGCUUUGCGUAGCGGCUGUAACUGGAUCUUCUUGGGGGGUUUUGCUCGGGUGUAUUUUGGCAUCCCAAUAACUGCGGGCUUUCUGGAGCAAUCAAAACUGAUGCGCUCGUCGGGCAUGAAUAUAUGAUCAAGCAGGGGGAUCCUCAUCUGGAAGCAACAUAUUGUUUCCAGCGGACUUAAUACAGUGGCAAUCGCCCCUCUUUAAUCCCCCAUACGCUGCAAUCAGUUUUUAUCAGCGAAGUGUGACUCUUUCAAGUGACAAAUCCGACGUCGCCACCGGCUGCAGGUUAUGCUCGAAGGGGUCAGGCACCUGGGAUACGUUUGAAGAUAUCAAGACCAAAGUGACACAUGCCAUUUUAAAACAGAUAAGACAGAAGGCCUACCAAUGUGAAUGAGAUCUGGCCACAUCUAAGCGAAGUUGCCCCACGCCGAUCGUGCCCCGAUCCCAGUUUUGCGCUGAAGAGGAUUACGUAUCGGACAGUAGUAGAGAUGCUGCAUGUGGAGAUGAUCGCUUUCGUUUUUCUAGUCCUUUGGAUGUGUGUUUUUAGCCAAGAGCCGGGCUCCAAGGUGGUGGCCGAUCGCUAUGCCGUCUACUGGAACCGCACCAACCCCAGGUUCCACCGUGGUGAUUACCACAUCGAUGUGUGCAUCAACGACUACCUGGACGUGUUCUGCCCACACUACGAGGACUCGGUGCCGGAGGAGCGGACAGAGCGCUACGUGCUGUACAUGGUCAACUACGAUGGUUACAGCACCUGCGACCACACCGCCAAGGGCUUCAAGCGCUGGGAGUGCAACCGCCCCCACUCGCCCAACGGGCCGCUCAAGUUCUCUGAGAAGUUCCAGCUCUUCACCCCCUUCUCGCUGGGCUUCGAGUUCCGGCCGGGCCGGGAGUAUUACUACAUCUCAUCAAUGAUCGCCGAAAACGGAAGAAGAACAUGCCUGAAGCUGAAGGUCUUCGUCCGGCCCUCGAACAGCUGUGUGAAAACUAUAGGCGUUCACGAUCGCGUUUUUGACGUUAACGACAAAGUAGACAAUUCAUUAGAACCAAGAGAUGACACGAGUCACGAGUCCGCCGAGCCGUCCCGGAGCGACGCCAACAGAGGGGGCCAGCUCCGGAUAGCCAUCCCGCUGCUGGCCACCGCCACCUGCUACGCGGCUGUGCUUUGGGUGUUAUAGCGCCUCAGAGGAGGGGGCAGUCUGCAGAUACCACCUGAUGGGU